AAAAUUUCCAGCCUCAUGGGCCUGUGCAUAUGACCCAUAGGAGGCGGCAGACCUCCGGCUCCUCCUCGCCCGCCGCCCUCGACUCCCGUCUCCUCGCCUGCCGCCGGCGCCGAUCUCCAUCCUGCUAGCAGAGGUGGCGCCGGCGUUCUCCUGCUCCCGCCACAUCAUCGCUAAUCCAUCCCAUCCGGCCUCGGCCACCCCACUGCUUCUACGAGUUCCAUACCCAGACCGCCGCCGCCGCCGCCGCCGCCAUUGGUGAAGCCCGUCGCCAUCGCCGUCGCCGCUUCCACGCAAGUCCGUAGCAGCGGAUUCCUGCAGCGCCCCCCGAAACAUCCCGAAUCCCCAGCCAUGGCGGCCGGAGCAGCAGCAGCCACCCGCCGCAGUCUCUCCGCGCUCCUUCUCUCCUCCCGCGCUCUGCAACGCCGCUUCGCCCCGCUCGCCGCCGCCGCCUCCUCAGCCUACCUCGCCCCGUGGGCGCCGCCGUCACGCGGAGCGAAGACCGCGUCGUCGGGUGGGUCUGGGUACUCGCCGCUGAACGACCCGUCCCCAAACUGGAGCAAUCGGCCGCCCAAGGAGACUAUCCUGUUGGACGGCUGCGACUACGAGCACUGGCUCAUCGUCAUGGAGUUCCCGACCGAUCCCAAGCCCUCCGAGGAAGAUAUGGUCGCCGCAUAUGUUAAGACCCUCGCCGCCGUCGUGGGAAGCGAGGAGGAAGCCAAGAAGAAAAUCUACUCUGUCUGCACUACAACUUAUACUGGGUUUGGCGCAUUGAUUUCGGAGGAGUUAUCAUACAAGGUUAAAGGAUUGCCUGGAGUUCUUUGGGUAUUGCCUGACUCAUAUUUGGAUGUGCCGAACAAGGAUUAUGGAGGAGAUCUAUUCGUAGAUGGACAGGUCAUACAUAGACCACAAUUCCGAUUUACUGAAAGGCAACAGGUAAGGAGCCGGCCUCGUCCUCGCUAUGACAGGAGACGAGUGACUAUGCAAACUGAACAGAAAGAAGCAAUGCAGAAAGGACCUUCAAAUCUGCAGCAGUAGCAUGAAACCAUGCCAUAUACACUAAACUGUUGCCAGAAUAGCCUAAUUAUCCUGGAUAUGUUUAAGUUCUGGAGUGUGUCCAUUUCUGGAAAUUUAUCUAUUGUCUUGUCAGUUUAGCGCCGUGGAGCCUAUCCGUGGACAUCUCUGCAGUUAAGAAACAUCAUAUUGACCUUGUUAUAUGAGAAAUCCUGCACUUUUAUCUCCAUGGUACGCCUCCGAAUAAAAAAUAUCCAGUCCAUGCCCUCUGGUUUUAAAA